ACAGUACGGGCACCGGCUUACAGUCGCUACCUCGGCCUCCGUUACAGUACAACACAAUACAGUGAUUUAGGACAAAACGUCCAAAUCUGUCAUUGUGCAUCGGGGAAUAAUUAUGAUUAUUGUGUAGGCAAAGGUUGAGCUGUGGUAAUAUGCGCCCGUCGCCUCGGAGGCAAACACACACUCGCUGGUGAGGAGGAAGACAUUCGGGGAAUUUUGCAUAGCCUUGUUGCGUUUCGACACCCGGGCCAACCAAGAGAAACUAUUUCUGACUUGAAUCGCCGAUAGCAAGACUGGCACCAUCAGCAGCCACGUCCCAUGCCCGGGCUCAGGUACCCGAUGAUGUUGAGUGCCCCCGUGGGCGCGGCGGCCGUGGAGGACUCGGCCUGUCACUGGGACUCCUGUGAGCUGCGCGGGGCUCAGGUAGCCCACUCAUGCCUGUGAUCCCCAUUCCUCGGCGGGUGCGCAGCUUCCAUGGCCCCCACACCACCUGCAUGCACUCGGCCUGUGGGUCAGCGCACACCACCCAGCUCGUGCACACCAAGUACAACAACUUUGACCUCUACCUGCGCUCGCGGUGCAUGUACAGCUUCCUCCGCUUCCUCCUCUACUUUGGCUGCAGUCUUCUGACCUCCUUGCUCUGGGUGGCGCUCUCUGCUCUCUUCUUCCUGCAGUACAUCAGCGUGCGCGUGCUCUUGCGCCUGCAGUACAAGCUGUCUGUCAUCCUGCUGUUGCUGGGACACCGCCGCCUUGACUUUGGGGUGCUUAACGACCUGAUCAUCUACACCAUGCAGGUCACCAUGUUUCUGGUGGGGGGGCUCGGCUGGUGCUUCAUGGUAUUUGUGGACAUGUAGCACCAAUAGGAGCAACAUGGAAACUGUAGCCGUGGGCUCUGCAGGUGCUGCAUCCACUCCACCCACUCACUUCAGUAUUAUGUGGUUUUAUGGGACAAUAUCCGCCUAUAUCUGGAGGACUGCUUUGUGCCGCACUCAUGAGGACCCUUGUACCUCUACUCAUGAAAUCCUUUAGAUCUGGUUUUGAGAAAUGAUACAGAAUCUGCUCAGAAUGUAUUGUAUUUAGUGUCUGUGUUUUUAGGAUCACAUUGGACAGUCAUUUAAGAUUGCUGAUCCUGUAAAUCUUCAAUAGAAAACACGUAGCUUUUGAAUAUCAAAAAUUCUGCAUGACCUCAUUGUGACGAUACAGUAGGACUUCAGAAAGCACUGCCCAAAAGCAUCGGAAAGGUUAGUUUCAAGAAUAAGUUCAAGCCGAUCAACUCUCAAAUACGCCUAUCUAAAUUUGGAACAGGAUAUUUUAACUAGAGCGUGCUCACCUGCAUUCAGAAAUGUAAAGCGAUAUCAUACAGUGAAUGUCAAAGUCUGUUGAACGGGAAACUGACAUGACAUAUGACUGAUUUGCAUCAAGGAUGUGUGAUGCAAGACAUUCAUUUGUGCCAAAAUAAACAACCCAGGCGGCAGCUGGUGUACAAAAGCAAAAGACGACCAUGUUUCCCAGGUUGAGACAGGCCUUAUGUUAGAUUAUUUUGUGUGCAAUUCAACCCAGUACACUAGAUGGAGAUGGAGUUAUAAUUUAUGUUGGAUGAAGUGACCAAAAACAUGAAGUUAUUGAUUAUAUCGUGGUUGUUGUUGUUGUUUGGGGAGGGGGUGGCUAUGUGUGAGUGACAAACAUUCUUUUAAUAAAAUUAUUUAAUACAUUU